AUGUCCGAACGAGGCUCCUUCCGUGGCCGUGGCGGUGGCCGCGGCGGUCGCCAGCAGCAGAAAAGCGGCGGUGGUAGCAACCAGCAAGAGAAGCCCAAGAAGGAAAAUAUCCUCGACCUCAACAAGUAUAUGGACAAGGAGGUCCAGGUCAAGUUCAAUGGUGGCAGGGAAGUUACUGGCACGCUGAAGGGCUAUGAUCAGCUGAUGAACCUCGUCCUCGACGAUGUCAAGGAGUCCAUGCGCGAUGAGGAAGGCAACCAGACCACCCGUUCUCUGGGCCUGAUUGUUGCCCGUGGCACGCUCAUCGUGCUGAUCUCCCCUGCCGAUGGCAGUGAGGAGAUUCCGAACCCGUUCGUGCAGCCCGAGGAGUAG